CGUCCAUUACAGCUCACCUUCGCAAUUCCUUGUGAGUUCGGACGAUUCAUUUCACGCAUUGACGGCAACCAGGGAGAAGGGAGGUUCUUUUGCUCUCUCUCUCUCUCUCUCUCUCUCUCUUUCUCUCUCUCUCUCAUAUACUCUUGUGCCCGAGAUCCAGCUUUCCCAUCUUCCCUCCCCUCUUCCUUUCGGAAGAUCCGAAAGGCUUAAUCCACUCCAGAUCCUCAAGCUUAGCCGCCUGCCGAUCCCAUCGCCAUGGCUGCGGCCAACGCCCCGAUCUCCAUGCGGGAGGUCCUAACGCUUCCCAGCGCUGGCAUCAAUCCUCAAUUCAUUACGUUUACACAUGUGACGAUGGAAUCGGAUAAGUAUAUAUGCGUGCGGGAGACCUCUCCGCAGAAUAGCGUGGUGAUUAUUGAUAUGAGCAUGCCUAUGCAGCCUUUGAGGAGGCCGAUUACUGCAGACUCGGCUCUAAUGAAUCCUAAUAGCAGGAUUCUCGCCCUUAAAGCUCAAUUACCUGGAACUACUCAAGACCACCUGCAAAUAUUUAAUAUUGAGAUGAAGGCCAAGAUAAAAUCACAUCAAAUGCCCGAGCAGGUUGUCUUUUGGAAGUGGAUAACUCCUAAAAUGUUGGGUUUGGUUACACAAACAUCUGUAUAUCAUUGGUCAAUAGAAGGAGAAUCCGAGCCAGUAAAAAUGUUUGACCGGACAGCUAAUUUGACUAACAAUCAAAUCAUAAACUACAGAUGUGACCCAUCAGAAAAGUGGCUUGUUCUUAUUGGCAUUGCUCCUGGUUCUCCAGAGAGGCCACAACUAGUGAAAGGAAAUAUGCAGCUGUUUUCUGUUGAUCAACAACGAAGUCAAGCGCUCGAAGCACAUGCUGCAUCUUUUGCUUCAUUCAAAGUUGUUGGAAAUGAGAAUUCAUCAAUCCUUAUAUGUUUUGCCUCAAAGACCCACAAUGCCGGUCAAAUAACUUCGAAAUUGCAUGUGAUUGAGCUUGGGGCCCAGCCAGGCAAGCCAGGCUUUUCCAAGAAACAAGCUGAUCUAUUCUUUCCGCCAGAUUUUGGUGAUGACUUUCCUGUGGCCAUGCAGGUUUCAUCGAAGUAUAGUUUGAUAUAUGUGAUCACAAAGCUUGGCCUUCUCUUUGUAUAUGACUUGGAGACAGCUGCAGCAGUUUAUCGAAACCGAAUAAGCCCCGACCCUAUAUUUCUGACUUCAGAAGCUUCAUCUAUUGGUGGAUUUUAUGCCAUUAAUAGAAGAGGUCAGGUUCUGCUUGCAACUGUGAACGAGGCAACCAUAGUGCCUUUUGUCAGUGGUCAGUUAAACAAUCUUGAACUUGCUGUAAAUCUUGCGAAACGAGGAAAUCUUCCUGGUGCAGAAAACUUGGUUGUGCAAAGGUUUCAGGAAUUGUUCUCUCAGACGAAGUAUAAGGAAGCUGCUGAACUUGCUGCUGAAUCUCCCCAAGGACUCCUUAGAACUCCAGAGACUGUAGCAAAGUUUCAGAGUGUGCCUGUUCAAGCUGGGCAAACACCGCCAUUGUUGCAGUAUUUUGGGACAUUGUUAACAAGGGGGAAACUCAACGCUUUUGAGUCUUUGGAGUUGUCCAGGCUUGUUGUGAACCAGAAUAAAAAGAAUCUCUUAGAGAAUUGGUUGGCUGAGGAUAAACUGGAGUGCAGUGAAGAACUUGGGGAUCUUGUGAAGACGGUAGACAAUGAUCUGGCACUCAAAAUUUACAUAAAAGCAAGGGCUACUCCAAAGGUUGUUGCUGCUUUCGCUGAAAGACGGGAAUUUGAUAAAAUUCUUAUUUAUUCUAAGCAGGUUGGCUACACACCAGACUACCUUUUCCUUUUGCAAACAAUUUUACGGUCAGAUCCACAGGGAGCAGUAAAUUUUGCUCUGAUGAUGUCUCAAAUGGAGGGUGGCAGUCCAGUUGAUUAUAAUACGAUUACAGAUCUAUUCCUUCAGAGAAACCUGAUCAGGGAGGCAACAGCAUUUUUGUUGGAUGUAUUAAAGCCAAAUCUACCUGAACAUGCUUUUCUUCAAACUAAGGUCUUGGAGAUUAAUUUGGUAACAUACCCAAAUGUUGCAGAUGCCAUAUUAGCUAAUGGCAUGUUUAGUCACUAUGAUCGCCCCCGCAUCGCUCAGUUAUGUGAAAAGGCUGGUUUAUAUGUGCGAGCUCUCCAGCACUAUUCUGAGUUGCCAGAUAUCAAGCGUGUAAUUGUGAAUACACAUGCAAUUGAGCCACAGGCCCUCGUGGAGUUUUUUGGAACACUCUCUAAAGAGUGGGCAUUGGAAUGCAUGAAGGACCUUUUAUUAGUUAAUUUAAGAGGCAACCUUCAGAUAAUAGUACAGGUGGCAAAAGAAUACUGUGAACAAUUAGGUUUUGAUGCGUGUAUAAAGCUUUUUGAGCAGUUUAGGUCCUACGAAGGCCUUUACUUCUUCUUGGGGUCUUAUUUGAGUUCUAGUGAGGAUCCGGAGAUACACUUCAAGUAUAUUGAAGCAGCAGCAAAAACUGGACAGAUAAAAGAAGUGGAGCGUGUUACAAGAGAAUCUAACUUCUAUGACCCCGAAAAAACAAAGAACUUUCUUAUGGAGGCCAAGCUACCAGAUGCAAGGCCCUUGAUAAAUGUAUGUGAUCGUCAUGGAUUUGUUCCAGAUUUGACUCACUACCUCUACACUAACAAUAUGCUGCGGUACAUUGAAGGAUACGUUCAGAAGGUGAACCCAGGAAAUGCCCCAAUGGUUGUUGGGCAACUUCUUGAUGAUGAAUGUCCGGAAGAUUUUAUCAAAGGCCUUAUUCUUUCAGUUCGGUCCCUCCUUCCAGUUGAGCCUCUUGUGGAGCAAUGCGAGAAAAGAAAUCGUCUUCGGUUACUUACACAGUUCCUAGAGCAUCUUGUGAGCGAGGGAAGUCAAGAUGUGCACGUUCACAACGCUCUAGGAAAAAUUAUCAUCGACAGCAAUAAUAAUCCAGAGCAUUUCUUGACUACCAAUCCAUUUUAUGAUUCCCGUGUUGUUGGUAAAUAUUGUGAGAAGCGGGAUCCUACUUUAGCAGUUGUUGCAUACAGGCGAGGGCAAUGUGAUGAUGAACUUAUUAAUGUUACAAACAAGAAUUCCCUGUUCAAAUUACAAGCUAGGUAUGUUGUAGAAAGAAUGGAUGCUGAUCUCUGGGCCAAGGUUCUUGAACCUGAGAAUGAAUAUAGAAGGCAGCUUAUCGAUCAGGUUGUUUCUACAGCACUGCCUGAAAGCAAAAGUCCGGAGCAAGUAUCUGCUGCUGUUAAAGCAUUUAUGACUGCUGAUCUUCCACAUGAACUUAUUGAACUCCUUGAAAAGAUUGUACUCCAGAAUUCUGCCUUUAGUGGAAACUUCAAUUUGCAGAAUCUGCUGAUUUUGACAGCAAUUAAAGCUGAUCCGUCAAGGGUCAUGGAUUACGUUAAUCGGUUGGACAACUUUGAUGGGCCUGCAGUUGGGGAGGUUGCUGUUGAAGGGCAAUUAUAUGAGGAAGCCUUUGCUAUCUUUAAGAAGUUCAACUUGAAUGUGCAAGCUGUGAAUGUCUUGUUGGACAAUAUCCGAAGCAUAGAGAGAGCUGUCGAGUUUGCUUUCCGGGUAGAAGAAGAUUCUGUUUGGAGUCAGGUUGCUAAGGCUCAGUUAAGGGAAGGACUAGUGAGUGAUGCAAUCGAAUCAUUUAUUCGUGCGGAUGAUGCAACACAAUUUUUGGAUGUUAUUCGUGCUGCGGAAGAUGCCAAUGUGUAUCAUGACUUGGUGAGGUACCUAUUGAUGGUGAGGCAAAAGGUGAAGGAGCCUAAGGUGGACAGUGAAUUAAUAUAUGCAUAUGCUAAAAUUGAUCGUCUUGGUGAUAUUGAAGAAUUCAUUCUUAUGCCAAAUGUUGCAAAUCUUCAAAAUGUUGGCGACCGAUUAUACGAUGCAGAAUUAUAUGAAGCUGCUAAAAUUAUAUUUGCCUUCAUUUCAAACUGGGCCAAACUGGCUAGUACACUUGUUAAGCUGAAACAAUUCCAAGGUGCAGUUGAUGCUGCUCGUAAAGCGAACAGCUCGAAGACAUGGAAGGAGGUUUGCUUUGCUUGCGUUGAUGCCGAGGAGUUUCGAUUGGCACAAAUAUGUGGGCUUAACAUCAUUGUCCAGGUUGAUGAUUUGGAAGAAGUCAGUGAUUAUUACCAGAACAGGGGAUGCUUCAAUGAACUUAUCUCUCUUAUGGAGAGUGGACUUGGUUUAGAACGUGCUCACAUGGGCAUUUUUACGGAGUUGGGAGUGCUAUAUGCUAGGUAUCGAGAGGAGAAACUUAUGGAGCACAUUAAACUUUUCUCUACACGUCUCAACAUUCCAAAACUUAUUCGUGUCUGUGAUGAGCAACAACACUGGAAGGAGCUUACUUAUCUGUACAUUCAGUAUGAUGAAUUUGACAAUGCUGCCACCACAAUUAUGAACCAUUCGCCAGAUGCAUGGGAUCACAUGCAGUUCAAAGAUGUUUCAGUUAAAGUUGCUAAUGUUGAGCUUUAUUACAAGGCCGUGCAUUUCUACUUGGAAGAACAUCCAGACCUCAUCAAUGAUCUUCUUAACGUGCUAGCCCUACGUGUUGAUCACACACGUGUGGUUGAUAUUUUGCGAAAGGCUGGCCAUUUGCAUCUUAUUAAGCCAUAUAUGGUUGCGGUGCAAAGUAAUAAUGUAGCUGCAGUGAAUGAAGCAUUAAAUGAGAUAUAUGUAGAGGAAGAGGACUAUGAACGACUUCGGGAAUCAGUCGAUAUGCAUGAUAACUUUGAUCAAAUUGGACUUGCACAAAAGCUUGAGAAGCAUGAGCUUCUUGAAAUGAGGCGGAUUGCUGCUUACAUUUACAAGAAAGCUGGAAGAUGGAAGCAAUCCAUUGCACUGUCUAAGAAGGACAAACUUUACAAGGAUGCCAUGGAAACUGCCUCUCAGUCUGGGGACCGUGAGCUUGCUGAGGAGCUGCUUGUUUACUUUAUUGAGCAGGGUAAGAAGGAAUGUUUUGCUUCAUGCCUCUUUGUCUGUUAUGAGCUAAUCAGGCUGGAUGUCGUCCUUGAGCUUGCCUGGAUGAAUAACAUGAUCGAUUUUGCCUUCCCAUAUCUCCUUCAAGUUAUCCGCGAGUACUCGGGCAAGGUGGAUGAACUGAUAAAGGAUAAAAUCGAAACACAAAACGAAGUGAAAGCCAAAGAGAAGGAAGAAAAAGAUAUGGUAGCUCAACAGAAUAUGUACGCCCAGCUUCUUCCCCUUGCCUUGCCUGCUCCCCCGAUUCCUGGCAUGGGGGGAGUUGGCGGAGGCUUCGUACCCCCGCCACCGCCCGUCGCAAUGGGUGGGAUGGGCAUGCCCCCGAUGCCACCAUUCGGCAUGCCUCCAAUGGGAAGCUACUGAUAAAUUUUUUGUUUUAAACAUUUUGUACUUCUCAUGUUUCAUCAACAAUGCGGAAAAUUUUCAAAGUUGUGAUAGCCAUUGCUUAUUAUUCACAUUUAGGUAAUGCUUAAUUUUCUAUUAAUGCUCUUAUUGGAUGUCAGGUGCAGUUUUGCCGUUUAUUGGGGGCUUGUUUGUAUUUUCCGUGUUAUCUUUUGGUGAGGGUUAUUCUGCUGUAGUGUGAUUUGUAUAGGAUACAUUUUCUCUGUUUUAAUAGACAAAGUUUUGUUCAUCC